AUGGCUUGUGUAGCUGUAGCUUCUCUUCUGAGAACAAUAGAGCUUGAGUUCAUGCAAUAUAAGCCUCGUCCACUUGUACUGCACCAUGAUCUCAUCUCUCACAACAAAGGCUUAAUCAAAUAUUUCCACCAAAAGCUUGGAUUUCUCAUAAAUGAGCUCGAUGAGGAAAGAAUCAAUCUGGAUGGUGUUGAAGCAGUUAAAGACUUGGAAAUGAAGCUGAGGGAUUUAGCAUUCAGAGUGGAAGAUGAAAUCGAAAUCCUAGUAGCACACCUUUAUGAUGAUGAGGAAGAUGCGGAGAAGACGACUCAGCCUUGUGUGAAACUUGGCCAAGUUUUUCAAACUGCAAUGGAAGAAAUUGAAGCCAUCAAGGAAGAGUUGGUGAAAAUCAAGGCAGAAGGAAGAAAGACAGCCCAUGAUGUUAUACGAAGGUCAGAAGUUCUUUCCUCCCAGCACGCUUCACACUCCAAGGAACAAAUGGUCGGAAAAGAAGACGAGUUUAGGACAAUCAAGAAGCUGCUAACUGAACAUGGAUCUAAGGAAAAAAAAGUUGUAUCAAUUAUAGGUAUGGGAGGAAUCGGUAAGACAACUUUGGCCAGACAAGUUUAUGAAGAUCCAUCAGUUUCUAUGCACUUUGACGUGAGAGCCUGGGUUGUCGCAUCACAGCUUCACAACAAGAGGCAAAUGCUCGUAGGUCUUCUUAAUUCAAUUUCCAAACAAGGCAACCUAGAAAACUCCACUGAUGAGGAUCUUGCUUUAAAACUCUACCAAUGUUUAAAGCGUCAAAGGUACAUGGUUGUGGUUGAUGAUGUGUGGAGUGGUGAGGCAUGGGAUGAUGUUAAAAAUUGCUUUCCUGGUGAUGGAAAUGGGAGUCGAGUAUUGUUAACUACUCGCCUCGCAGAGGUGGCAAAUUAUAUUAGCUCCAAGAAUGACUUUUCUCAUCAUAUGCAAUUAUUGGAUCAAACUGAUAGUUGGAAUUUAUUUUGUGAAAAGGCAGGUAAAUCUCGUGGUGCUGAAUUUGAGAUAAUCGGGAAGCCAAUUGUUAAAAAAUGCAAAGGGUUGCCUUUAGCGAUAAUUGUGGUUGCCGGAUUGUUCUCCAAACUCAACACACUAAAUGAUUGGGAGAAUAUUGCAAAAGCUCUAGAUUCUUCUACAACAACUGUUGCGGCAACAUGUUCAAAAAUACUCUCACUAAGCUACAAUCACUUGCCUCACCACUUAAAGGCAUGCUUUUUAUAUUUAGGGGUUUUUCCAGAAGAUAAUGAGAUCAAUGCUAAUGAACUUUCAAGGUUAUGGUCUGCGGAAGGACUUGUAAAGGCAUCCGAGAAUGAAAACUUUGAUGUAGUGGCUGAAAGGUACAUACAAGAACUUAUGGAUCGAAACUUAAUUUGUGUGAGCAAGUGGAGUUGUUGUGGAAGAAAAAUUAAAGUGUUUGGGGUGCAUGAUUUAUUGCAUGCCUUUUGCGUGGAAAAGGCUCAAAAGGAGAACCUUCUACAUGUUGUUCGAGAAAAUGGUUCAGAGUUUCCUGAAAGAUGCUUCCGUUGGGUAAGCAUACAAUCAUCAAAUUUUGAUGUGUCUACACUAUGUUAUUCAUCAAGAAGCUGUCGGUCCAUCUUCUGUUUUUCAGAACGCAUAAGCUUAAAUUUGGAACAAUUCAAGCUAUUAAGAGUAUUCUUCUUUAGGCGCUUUCUGAUACACUAUAAUAUUAUUAUAGUGGAUCUCGUCCAUUUAAGAUACUUACCUCCACCGUUUCAUCAUAUAAAUAUUGUGGAACUGUUCAAGGCUUGGAAUCUUCAAACACUAUAUAUUUGUGCAGAUCAUAGGAACUAUUUGGAGUUUCCACAACUGCAAUAUUUUCGUUGUUUAUUAUCUAUUAUGGGACAUCCUCCCAAAUUUGUUCAUCAAAACUUGCAGAGUCUUUCUUGGUUGAGGGGUAAGCAUUGCACAAAAGAAUUCUUUUCACAUGUUCCGAACGUAAAGAAGAUACAGAUUGACGGUGGAGUAAGAGAGUGCAAUGAUUGCAUCGAGAACCUUGUCAGUUUACAGCAGCUGGAGAGACUGAGUAUUUGUGCUAGUGAAUUCAAUAAUACAAGUCCAAAGAUGAUCCAGAUUAACAGCCAUAUUGUUCUCUUGAAAAGCCUUAAGCGGUUAAAAUUUGAAAACAAUCAUUUUGAGUGGAAUGGAAUUAAUGUUCUUUGCAAGUUGCCUAGGUUGGAGGUGCUCAAGUUAAGUGAUGCCUGUGUAGGCAAACUGUGGGAGCUAUCAGAGGAUGACAAAUUCGGCCAGUUAAUUGUUUUGGAAAUUGGCUUAACUUAUCUCAAUGAUUGGAAAGCCACCGGUCAUCAUUUCCCAAAACUCCAGCACCUCUCCCUUUUUCGGUGCAAGAACUUGAAAGAGAUCCCUAGCUGGUUUGUAGAAAUUGACGGAUUGAAAUCAAUCCAAUUAGCGCGUUGUCGUCCUUCUGUGGUUGCUUCAGCCGAGAAAAUCAAGGAAGAACAACUUGAUUAUGGUAAUAGUGUGGAUGUGAUUGUGGCAGAGCAACAUGGCUAGCUACUAGCUUUCUGGUUUCUAUGAAGCUUAGUUUGAUGGAUGAAAUUGAGUUGUGCUAGAGGAGUAGAAGAAGGAAAGCUUGAGAAAAGAAGACUAAAGAAAAAUGGAUAUGCAUGUCUAUCUAUCUAUCAUUGUGAACUCCCUCUGUGUUUCUAGUUUAAUCAGUUGCAUGCUUAGCUCUCUCAAAGUUGUCUGUCUAAAA